AUGGAGACCCCACGAUCAGAACAUACCCACACCAAUGCAACCAGCCGGACAGCUUCCAUUGGAUCUGGCCAUGAACCACUUGACUACCUUAACCUCCCCGUCCGUGAACUGAGCGAUGGCGCCGAUCUUCGCGAAUACACGACCGAGACUCGGGAAGGUGAGAUCAUCAAGCCUGUCAGGUCCAAUGCUACUGGAAAGCUGGAGGAUUGGAAGUUGGUGACCUUCACCAUCGAUGAUCCCGAGAACCCUAAGAACUGGUCGAAGCUUUACAAGUGGUACUGCACCAUGGUCGUUGCUUUCACCUGUUUCGUGGUGGCUUUUGCUAGCAGUGUCAUUACUGCUGACCUUGAAGGACCUAUGGAAGACUUCGGUGUCUCGCGUGAGGUCAGCCUGGUUGUUGUCACUGUGUUUGUCAUCGGAUUCGGUGUUGGUCCUAUGGUCUUUGCUCCCAUGUCAGAGAUGGUUGGGCGUCGCCCACUAUACGCUGUUACCCUCCUGGUCGCCGUCAUCUUUAUCAUUCCUUGUGCUGUUGCCAAGAACAUCGGAACCCUAAUUGUCUGCCGUCUGAUCGAUGGUAUCGCGUUCAGUGCCCCUAUGACUUUGGUCGGCGGUACUCUCGCCGAUUUGUGGAAAAAUGAGGAGCGAGGUGUUCCCAUGGCUGCCUUCAGUGCUGCCCCCUUCCUUGGACCCGCCAUUGGUCCUCUCGCAGGAGGCUUCCUCGGUGAUCACGCGGGCUGGCGCUGGCUUUACUGGCUCCAGUUGAUUAUGGGCUUCGUCGCAUGGGUUUUGAUUACCUUCACCGUUCCCGAGACCUAUGCACCGAUUCUGUUGAAGAAGAGAGCUGCCAAGCUCCGCAAGUCUGAGAACGACGAAAAAUACACCACUGAAGCCGAGCUUGAUCCCCGUCCCUUGGGCGAGAAGCUGCGCGUCUUCCUCUUGCGCCCCUUCCAGCUCUUGUUCCUCGAGCCUAUCGUCAUGUUCAUCGCUCUUUACAUGUCUGUUCUGUACGGCCUACUCUACAUGUUCUUUGUUGCCUACCCUAUCGUCUACCAAUCCGGCAAGGGCUGGAGUGCCUCCUCAACCGGACUCAUGUUCAUCCCUCUGGCUAUCGGUGUUCUCAUGAGUGCAGCCUGUGCUCCCUUCGUCAACAAGCACUACCUCAAGGUCUCUGCUCAAUGCGGCGGUAAGCCCCCCGCCGAAAAGCGUCUGAUCCCCAUGAUGUGGUCUUGCUGGCUCGUUCCCAUCGGCCUUUUCAUCUUUGCCUGGACCUCGUACAAAGACCUGCACUGGAUUGGACCUGCCAUGGGAGGCUGGCCUGUUGGAUUCGGCUUCAUUUUCUUGUACAACUCGGCCAACAACUACCUUGUGGAUACCUAUCAGCACCAGGCAGCUUCUGCUCUCGCUGCGAAGACCUUCCUUCGUUCAAUGUGGGGUGCCUCCACCGUCCUGUUCACCGAACAGAUGUACAACCGUCUUGGUUACCAAUGGGCCAGUUCGCUUCUUGCCUUCAUCGCCUUGGCUUGCUGUCUCAUUCCCUAUGUCUUCUACUUCAAGGGAGAGGCCAUUCGCCGUUUCUCGAGAUACGCUUUCAGCGAUGAUGAGGAGCAGGCUAUCAAGGCCUAG